AUGCUAUUCGCAAUCAUCUUCGACAAGGUUCCGCAUUUGUCUCUGCCUUCAAUCUCGAAAGAUGUCCAUAGAGGAAAAAAGACAGCGCAGGUUGCUGCUAUUAGUGCGGACGGAUCAGACGAAGAGGGGCAGAAGAGUGAACUACACAAAGGAGAAGGUACCUUUGAGGCCAGUGAAGGCCAUCACUUCUACCGUCCCAUUGACAGCUAUGAAGGACUCCAUCGCUGGGAUCCCAACUUUCAAUGGACGGAGACAGAGGAGAAGAAAGUCGUCAGGAAGAUCGAUGCUCGUGUCUGCACGUUUGCCUGUGUCACCUUCUUUGCAUUGCAGCUAGAUCGAGGAAACAUCAGCCAAGCACUCUCAAGUACCUUUCUACAAGAUCUUGAAAUGACGACCAACGAUUACAACCUGGGUCAGACAAUCUUUCUAGUCUGUUUUUUAUUGGCUGAGAUGCCCUCCCAGCUACUAUCCAAGAGAGUCGGGCCAGACCGUUGGAUUCCUAUUCAAAUUGUUUCAUGGAGUCUAGUCGCAGCUUGCCAGGCCUUUUUAACUGGUCGGGGCUCAUAUCUGGGCUGUCGAGCUCUGCUGGGGUUCCUAGAAGGCGGUUUUAUACCCGACACAAUUCUUUUCUUAUCAUUCUUCUACAAGUCUAGUGAGCUGCCGAGAAUAUUGACAGCUUUCUGGAUUUCUUUCACCAUCGCUGGAAUCAUUGGUUCAUUCCUAGCCUUUGGCCUCCUUCACAUUACCGAUGCCGAUGGCAGCGGUGCCUGGAGAUAUCUAUUUGCCAUCUCCCGUACAAACCAAGGGGGUUUCCGCGGAAAGGAUGGAUGGUUUACGGAGCAUGAAGAGAAGAUCAUAGUGAAUCGAGUUAUCAGGGACGAUCCUAGUAAGGGCAGUAUGCAUAAUCGACAAGCCGUCACCCCACGGCUCUUUUGGGAGUCGCUCAAGGAUUACCAUAUGUGGCCCAUUUACGCUCUCGGUUUGAUUUGGAUGAUUCCGACGAGUCCAGCGCAAGGCUAUCUCACGCUACAGCUACGAUCCCAGGGAUUCACGACAUUCCAGACCAAUUUGUUGGUAAUUCCAUCGGCUGUCGUUACGAUUAUCACCAUGAUAACCAUUACCUGGGUUGCGGAGCGCACAAACCAGCGCCUGCUUUGGGGUGUGGGAGUGGAAUUCUGGAACCUAGUCCUGCUGAUUGCACUGGAGGUACUUCCUGAAAAAAGCAUGCCCUGGCCGCGUUGGGCGAUACUUACACUUCUUGUUGGUUCGCCGAGUAUUCAUCCUGUUGUGGUGGCGUUGACUUCGCGGAAUGCCGGAUCUGUCCGGACUCGAACUGUUGCUUCUGCAUUGUAUAAUAUGUCUGUACAAUUGAGCAGCAUUGCCAGCGCUAAUGUGUACCAAGCAAAGGAUGCGCCGUACUAUAAAAAUGGAAACAAGGUUCUUAUCGCGAUGGCUGUCGUCAGUGGAUUCCUUUUUGUGCUCGCCAAGGUCUACUACGAUUGGUGGAAUAAACAUAACUCUACAAAAUGGGACGCUAUGACGAGCGAGCAAAGAGAACUUUACUUGCGUGAAAACCCGGUAUUGACCAACAAGAGAAUUGACUUCCGGUUUGCUCGUUAG